AAUGUCUUCUUUAUUCAGUUUUUUUUUCUCUUUUCAAAUGUCCCUACAAUAAUAUCACACUCAGCCAUCAUAGUUAAUGCUGGAUACUGGGAUGACUGACCUUAUUGUGAUAAGACAAAUACUGUUUUAUUGACAAAUACUACUGCAGUAUAAUCCAUCUGAAGACAAACGUCCGGGAUACAAAACAACAACAACAACAACAACAAAUAUUUCAGUGUUUCCAGCUCCUCACCGACGGCCACCACUUGUUGAAACGUCAGACUCCAUCUCUCCUGUACGGGGUAAGGGAGGUUCGGACGUACUCCGUCACAUCCUCUGUCCUUAUAUGGGCAUGAAGUUUACACGCAGCGGGGAAUCCUCUCAGUGGAGCUGAUGAAUGGGGAGGAGGGCCGAGGGAGCCGCCGGAGUGUAUAUAAGGAGAAAGGGAGGAAGCCACAGCAAGCAAAAAGCCUUCCAACCGAGGAGCAGAAACGGAGAGGAUUUAAUCUUUAAUUGCUUCAUUUUAUACACACACACACACACAUACACACUUUUGGACACAGAUCUAUUUGGAUCAUUUGUGGAAAUUUGUCUGGAAGAAGAAGAAGAAGAAGAAGAAGCCAGUGAUCCGUUGAAUCUGAAUUCACGUCUUCCCUGUAUUUUCUCUGGAAGAAGACACGGACUCACGAGUUGAUCAUUAUGUUGAACAAUAUGGAUUUGAACGCGAAAGAUUCUUUUUACCCUCAGUUUGACAAUUGCAACAGUUCUUCUCUGGGAAUGGAAAACAGCGCACGGAAAGACAACCAGGACGUGUACGUCGACGCUGAGCGCGGGGUACCUGCCCAGUUUGGCCACGAAGGAGCACCUGUAACCCUCAAAACCGAAGCUUCCAACUCAGAAUAUGCGUUUAACCCGUGUGAGUGCCCGAAAGACACCUACACCCCGUCGUCGCUCGCCUACUCCGGCAGUUUCUAUGUUGAGGCAUCUCAGGGAGCGCCGUGCAGCACCGAAACACUGCUCAACAUGAUCACGGAGAUCGUGGGCAUUUCCACAACGCCGAUUUCUGAGGCGCAAGCGAACGCCAACAGUCGAGGAACUUAUGCCUCGCCCGCGCCGAUGGACAGCAGCAGCAAUGGCGAUUUUGGAGACAGCGGUGUCAGAAGUCAGUCCUACAUCUGCUCCGGACCCAGUCCCCCCGUUUACACCACGGAACAGUCAUGCCAUAGAUUCGCUGAUGCUCAGGCCCAAGACCCGUCCACCUCCCAGCUCAGCUUCGGCUCCUCUGGAGCUCCGAACCAGAAGAAGGCUGAACCAAAAUCAGAGGCCGCGUCUUUUCCUGUGGUGAUCAAAAAUGAGUUCGAGAGCAGCUGCUACGAGUGGGGGACAUUCAGUAAGUCCACCUGCCUGGAGAGCAGCUUCCAGACAGAAACCUUCCCCUUGUCAAAUGACUUCCCCCCGGAUCAGCAAAUGGAUGUAAAGGAACUUUUGGACACGUUCCCCCCGAUCUGUCCCAACCCGGAGAUGGAAUUUAAAGUGGAGGGGGGCAUCAAGCAGGAGCCGUGUUUCUCUGACACCUGUUCCCAGAACUACUCCAGCCCCCUCUACAAUAAUUACCUCCCCCCGCCCCCCAUGGGCCUCUCCUCUAACCUCAAACCCUUUCCCGAACCUCCACAGACGUCCAAUCAAGCCGACUCCUUGUACGCCUCCCCGGCUCUACCCAGUACCAUUGACUCCAUCCUGUACUCUUCCCUGUUGCCGGAUUCCUUUGCCCAAAGUUACACGACCCGUGUGACCAAGCCCCCCAGGGCCAGGAAGAGCGCGGCCGCCUCGCACGGCCCAGCCAAGGAGAAGCCCUUCACCUGCCCCAUGGACAACUGCGACCGGCGCUUCUCACGCUCGGACGAGCUCAACCGGCACAUUCGCAUCCACACGGGACACAAACCCUUCCAGUGCCGCAUCUGUUUGCGCAGCUUCAGCCGUAGUGACCACCUCACCACCCACACCAGGACUCACACCGGAGAGAAGCCCUUCUCCUGCGACGUGUGCGGCAAAAGAUUUGCCCGCAGCGACGAGAGGAAACGGCACGGCCGCGUGCACCAGAAACAGAAGGAGAAAAUGGAAGUAAAGCCUCAGGUGAGCGCCGCCCCCUGGCCAUUCACUCUCCCUGAGGGGAUUUGAAGACACUUCCGUCAUGUGUUCGUCUAUACAACGAUAGGAUCUUUCCGUCUUGGAAGACAAGUCAGCUGACUACAACUUGUCAGAGUCGGUCUGACUUCGAGGCAUGAAGAGGUUUUUUUUUCUUUUUUUUUUUCUUUUUUUUCGUGUUUGAGGAGCAGAGAGGAGGAGGAGGAGGAGGAGGAGGAAGCGGAGGCUGCGUCAGCCAUGCUGCCUGUUGCUGAUGCUGCAGACUUCAGACAUAAGUCACAAAAAGUCGGUUAACAGACCAAUAGUGACUGUCGCCACUGAGCGUCGGUGGGAAAUAAACCUCUGCCCCGGCUUUUGCAUGACUGCUGUUCAGCACCUCUCCACAUGGACAGCUCCUUCUUCCCAUCCGCCUGUGACGACGGAGGGAUUGCACUUAAACAGAUGUUUUAAAAAACGCCAUUUAAGAUUCUUCUUUUCUGCUUCUAGGAUUCUUAGAGCAACGCUUUGGACUCGGUUCCUGAAUUGCAUGUCCGUACCAGUGUUUUUUUUUGUUUUUUUUUGCUUCCCUUGCUUCCUGGAGUAUCGACCACUGCCAAGGCAUUCUUGGGCUUCACAGUGGAAGUCAUUGACAUGAAUGUAGGCUGACAUUGAAACGGCUGUGGCCGUGAAGCUGUUCAUCCUCUUGAUCAGAUUUAUUGUUUCUUGUUUUUUUUCUUCCUCUCAGUUCAUCUGACGUCAGUUAACUGUCACUGGUCUUGGUGUUGUGUUCCAGUUUCUUUGAAUUGUGAAAGCUUAUAUCAUAAAUGGAAAAAUAAAUAUAUUUGUAUUACUGUACUUCUUUGUAUUUUUAUAGAUAAGUAUUUUACAUUUAGCACAAUUUCAGUGUCAUUUCUGACGUGAAAUGUAUUUGGAAUAAUCAAUAAUGUCUUGUUUUUGAGGGCUAUAUUCUACUAAUACACUGUUUUAAACGUUACAAUUUGAUAUCAAACAUUUUCACACGAGGCGUCGGUUUGACGAGUCCGUUCAGCUACGAGUUACUUCUGGUCCAGACUUGAAAAAAACAAACAAACAAAGUGAUCAGAAUUGACGGUAUUUGUUGUUGUACAGACGUUCUGUUGUAGACGAAAUAGUUUCAAAGUUUGUAAAUAAUUUUGUUAAUUUUGAGUUAGAAAUGACUAGUACAUCAGUAAAAACAUUGCUUUUGAGUAAUCAGGUAGCACACAUUGCUGCAAGUUUUGUAGAUUCUAACUGAUACGGGAGGGUUUGACGGCUGGUAUAUUUUAUUUUAUGAAUGAGUGAAUGUGGAAGUGUUGAUUUGAACAAAGACUUUAAGGACUCGAGGGAGACUUUGGUGAACUGUCACCAACAUGGUAUUGCAAAAAGUGAUAACACUCGCCUUAAGUUAUAUUAACUGUUAACGACUUUUUGUACAUACAAUGUUUCUACAAUACUUUAAAUUAAUAUCGAUGUUGUUAUUUUUAUGAAAAAUUUAUUGAAAAAUAAACACUUUCUGCCAGAGCUCCUGUCUCUCGUGUGUGAUUCAGGUGCUGACCCUGACCCUUGUUCACCUCCUGUCCUGUCACACUGCUGCUGCUGCUGCUGCUGC